GGAGGUGUACCGCUGUUUCACAGUCCAGCAACGUACUGUGUUCGGCGGGAGAGUUCGACUCGACUCGUCGUUGGACGCAGCAUUGGCGAUUUAGCGCCGCCGCGUCGCUUCCGGUGGGGCCGUUUGGAUUUUGAAGUAUGGCCCGUGAAGGCAAUAAGCCUGAAGCGGCUCUAGAGGAAGCCGAAGGCGACACGAUUCCCGAAGAAACUAAGAUCUGCAGGAACUGCACUCGACCCAUUCCGUCGACGGCGCACGAGCUGCACGAGCUUCACUGCAGGCGAAACCUGAAGAAAUGCCCCCUGUGCGACGAGGCGAUCCCGACGUCACGGAUGGAGCGGCACGCCAGCGAGGACCACGCGAUCGUCCCAUGCCCCCGCUGCAAGGCCGAGUGCGAGAGGAGAGCGCUGGAGAAGCACCAGGAAGAGGAGUGCCCCGAGCGGCCCCGCGCCUGCAAGUACUGCGAGGAGGUGAUGCCCCUGUCCGGCCUGCCAGCUCAUACGAACGCCUGCGGCGCCAGGACGGAUGUCUGCCCCGACUGCGGCAAGUACGUCCAGCUGCAGCACUGGGAUCUUCAUAAGGAAUCUGCGCAUCCAUCGACUGCACCAUCGAGUCACCACAAAUCCAUACCGUCACAACAUGAUGAAAUCCCUUGCGAGAAGUGCUGCCAAGUCUUCCCCAUUCACUCGAUCCCCAGUCACGAGGCUGCAUGUGGGCUUCACCCCAUCGUCCCGUUCUUCCCUCCGACGCCCUCCCCGGGCCUUCGACCGACCGAGACUCCAAGCCUCUCCCCACACGGGAACUACAGACUCCCGCUCCCUCCCGCUCCGUCGAACAGGCACAUCCCCGCUGCGAGCCCAAGAGCGAACCUUCCUCGAUCCUCCCCGAUCGAGGACGACCCCGAGCCGGUCGCCCGUCUGCCCUCGGGAUCCUCCUCGAUCGAGGACGACCCCGAGCCGGUCACCAGUCUGCCCUCGGACGUCCUGGCAGGCGCCGACGCGGAACCAACAGCUCCAGGUGGACCCCUCGAGGCGAAAGAAGCUUCAGAGCACGAAGAGUCCAGCGAGGAGCGUGCAGUCGAAGCAACGCACGAAAACGGGCAAGUUCCUCAAAAUGAACUCGAUGCAGCGACGCCUGAGAGAAUGCACCCCAAGAAAGCCCAAAUUGAAACCGUUCCCGGCCGAGCAAAGGGGGAGCCGACCGGCACGACCGGCGCCGACCUCGUCCGGUGCCAGCGAUGCUCGCGGCUGGUCGUGUCCGACAUGCGAGACCUGCACAAGAGGUAUUGCCCCGGGGUCGUCGCCGCUAACGACUCCCCUUCUCCUCGCCGACCUCGCUUGCCGGGUCCGAUGGUCAUCGAGAGGUUCAAGGAAUCCUGGAGUUGCCUAAAGGCCAAAGGGGAAAACGGAGACGAGCGUCUAAAUGCGGCAGAAGAUUCGCCGCAUCAGUCUGCUGCCAGCAAGUACCAGAAACAGACUCUGGACUCGCAGGAGGUUUGCCGUUCAGGAAAUGCUGGGAGAAGCGAAGACGGACGCCUUUGUGAGUCCCGUCCACCUGCCCCCCUGCAGGAACCCAUCUCGGAGAAACCGACCGGAGAGGACUCUCGGAUCAGCCCUCUCGCCCGUCUUCGAAUGAACUGGCAAAUGAAGGAAACGGAUCGGGAAUUCGGAGAUUUUCACCCGCUUCGUCCACGCGAAGGUAGGAUCGUCCCCGCCGACGCUCGCAACCAUGUCGCCGCGGAUCGCGUGAAAAAGCGAACCCGAAAGAAUAGACGAACGGAAACGACCCUAAAACCUUCAGAUCCGAGCUCGGCCCGUCCGGUCGGAAGUUGGAACCACGCCUCAUAUGCCAUGAGCUCUUCAAAUGCCGGAUACUCCGACGAAGGCUUCCUUCAUGGCGGAGCAAGACCCAAAGUCUCCCAGGGACCUCCAAAUUAUCGCACUUCCAACAGGAUGCAGUUGUAUGAGGAGAGAGGAGAUGCAGGAUUCGCGGAGGACGAAGUCAUGAUUCCUUGCGAGUUCUGUUCACUGGGAAUCCCCAUCCAAAACCUGAUGUCGCAUCAGACGAAGUGCCAGACGGGGAAUUUGAUGGAAAGUCCCGAGAGCCAAGUGCCCUACAACCCAGAGCGAGGAACCCCAGCAACUUCUCGGUAA